GGGCAAAAUCGUCAGGAGACACGGAUAGUAUAUAUAUAAGCCUAUAUAAUCUAUGUCAAGUCCUUAUGUCCCGAACAUCAAUCUUCAGCUUUCACUAGUUCACUAGCACUCGGUUGAUCUUCCCUCUGUUUUCCUCUGUACUCCUGAACAAAAGAGGCAUCACAGUAGAUAGCUAGAAGAACAGAGAAUUGGGUUGCAAGAGAGGAUGAGUCUUCUUCAAGUAAUUUUUGUUGCGUCGUUACUUGUUGCGCUCACUGCCGCCUGCCCGCCGUCGGACCAGGCGGCGCUGCUCUCCUUCAAAGCAGCGCUCCACGAGCCCUACCUUGGCAUCUUCAACUCCUGGACCGGCCCUGACUGCUGCCACAACUGGUACGGCAUCAGCUGCGACCCCGAAUCCCGUCGCGUCGCAGACAUCAACCUCCGGGGCGAGUCCGAGGACCCCAUCUUCGAGAGGGCCAAGCGGACCGGCUACAUGACCGGCACGAUAUCUUCCGAGAUAUGCAGGCUCGAGCGCCUCUCCAGCCUCACCAUCGCCGACUGGAAGGGCAUCUCUGGCGAGAUACCCGCCUGCCUCGCCUCAUUGCCGUACCUCCGGAUCCUGGACCUCAUUGGGAACCGCCUGUCGGGCGAGAUUCCGGCGGACAUCGGGAGGCUGAAGCGGCUGACGGUGCUCAACGUGGCGGAUAACAUGAUAACGGGUCGGAUCCCCAGCUCCCUGGCGGGCCUGUCGAGCUUGAUGCACCUCGACUUGAGGAAUAACCGGAUCUCGGGUCCGCUGCCCCAAGAUUUUGGAAAGCUGAGGAUGUUGAGCCGGGCCCUUCUGAGCGGGAACCAAAUAACCGGGUCGAUCCCGGCAUCCAUAUCCCAAAUAUACCGGUUGGCGGAUCUGGACCUGUCCUCAAACCGGCUCUCCGGCCAAAUCCCACCUUCCCUCGGUAAUAUGCCGGUCCUCGCCACGCUGAACCUGGAUAACAACCAAAUCUCGGGGGCGAUCCCGGCGAGCCUGAUCAACUCGGCGGUGAGCAACCUGAACUUGAGCCGGAACUCCAUCCAGGGCCCGAUACCCGACGUGUUCGGGCCGAGGUCGUACUUCACGGUGCUGGACCUUUCCCACAACAACCUGCAGGGGCCGAUCCCAAAGUCAGUAUCGGCGGCAUCGUUCAUCGGGCACAUGGACUUGAGCCACAACCACCUGUGCGGGCAGAUCCCGGCGGGAUCGCCGUUCGACCACCUCGAAGCCUCGUCGUUCCAGCACAACGACUGCCUCUGUGGGAAGCCACUAAAGGCUUGUUAGGACAAAUUAUGAGAAUUUGGGCUGCAAUUUGGUGGGAACAGUGAACAUGGAGCUUGCACAAAAUGUCGGUGAGACGAUAUGAUGCUAGCAUGAUUUCGUAUUAAAUUACGGUGUUAAUGAUUGAGAAUAUGAAGAUCUUCAUGCACGUAAAUGCUGCAUGAAAUUAAUAAUAGCGAUGAUGUCUUUUAGAGGAGGUUGUUGUGUAAUUCGGGGGGAGCCACUGCAAUUGCUGGUAAUGCAAUGAAUGAUCCAAUGAUGUUACGUCGACAA